AUGGGCAAAGGUUCGCGUUUAACACGUCGUGGCAAGGAGAAGAGCGCUGCCAAUGGUCUUCUGACGGUGCUCACUCCAGAGCAAAAGUGGUGGAAACUCCUGAGUCGACUCGCUCAGCUUCAGCUCUGCUGUAGUCUGGUGAUGCAGCUGUCCUACGUCGCGUUUCCUGCCUACAACUUUUCACUGGCAUUGUGGUGUCUACUGGCGUGUACUCCGUCGUGGAGUGCCAAGUACUCGCGUCUUGUGCCGCUGCACAUGAUUGCAGUCAGCUUGUCCGUCGUGACGGACGUUAUCUGGAUGAGUCUGUGGGUGUCUGGACGCGUGUUCUUCGACCAGUUCUGCAACGCCAACGCCGUCUCGAUCGUGAGCUGCGGGGGCGCUUCGGAUCAUUUUCCGGGAUGCAGUACGAACCAGUUCGCGCUCUUCACGCUCGUUCUCAACCUCCUGGCCAAAGUUGCGUCCAUCCACCGUAAUACAGGCUCGAAGUAG